CCAAGUGAAAGUGGGUCUGAGCCGCGAGAAUUUCCGAGCUCCCAAAACUUGCACCUCUCAACCACCGCCCGAACCGGACCCGACCCAUCGACGACGACAAGCCACGGGAUCAAUUGACACCUUCAAUUGACGGCCCCAGCCCCCGACGAGCCACUUCCCCGAACCCGAAGCGAAAGAAGUCGUGGGAACCCGAUAUAUUCAGUCGCAAUGUCGUCCACGUCCGGAGUUAACGUCCUCCGGUAUUCCGUCCUCGGCCUGGGUGUCGUCUACGGCUUUAAGCACCAACGGAGCAUCAACUCGGCGCAGAAGGCGGCCGCGGCGCAGCGCGAGUAUGAGCACAAGCAGGAGUUAAUAAACAAGGCCAAGAGCGCCUACGCCAAGUCGAAGCAGUCCACCACCGCCAGCGCGCCCGCCUCAUCAGGGGUGAACCAAGACCUGACGUCGCCCAAUUUCGACCUCGAGGCCUUCAUCGAGGGGGUAAUGAACCAAAAAUAAGCUACGCCCUGGCAUAAUCUUGGGAGCCAAGGAGCUGCUGGAGCUGGGUGGAAGGAAAACAACAGGUUGAACUCGGCAUAGUGCCCGAGGAUCAAGUGUGGGGGCGGGCGAACGAACGACGCCUGGGAAGGAUAGAAGGCGAGGGCAUGCGCUGCGUCGACAAU